CUGACUCGCACAUGUGAUUGAUUAGCGGCCGCGCGAAGUGUGUGUUUUAGCGCUCCCGCGAUAAAAGAAGAAGAGGAGAGAUUAGAAGCGGCUGCAGCGGGCGUCUUGAGGUCCUUAUCCUCUUCCCGACCGCACGCGUCUUCUCGCUGUAUGAACUUUUAUUUCGCAUGAGCGGCGUCCGCGUCGGCACCCAAUUAGCCAGCAAAAUGACUUCCUCGAGCUUGAAGUGCAAAAUCGGCCCGUCCAUUCUCAACGCCGACUUGGCGAACAUAUACGAGGAAUCUCAGAAACUCUUGGACAGCGGAGCGGACUACCUCCACCUGGACGUGAUGGACGGGCAUUUCGUGCCGAACCUUACUUUCGGACAUCCCGUCGUCAAGUGCCUCAAAAGCAAACUGCCCAAGACGUUCUUCGACAUGCACAUGAUGGUGCAAGCACCGGAGAAAUGGGUGUCGCCGAUGGCAGAUGCUGGUGCCGAUCAGUAUACAUUCCACAUCGAGGCAACGGCAGAACCGCUUGAACUCGUGCGCAAGAUCCGGGAAGCCGGCAUGAAGGUCGGAGUGGGUGUCAAGCCAAAGACGCCCGUGGAUGUGGUGCUACCUUUGGUGGAGCAUGUUGACAUGGUGCUUGUGAUGACCGUGGAGCCUGGAUUCGGUGGACAAAGUUUCAUGGCCGAUAUGAUGCCCAAGGUGAAGCUUUUGCGCUCCAAGUUUAAGGAAUUGGACAUAGAAGUAGACGGUGGAGUGGGGCCAAACACAAUUCACCAAUGCGCUGAGGCUGGCGCUAACAUGAUUGUAUCGGGAACAGCCAUCACAAAGAGCAAGGACCCCAGGGACGUGAUAACAACUCUUAGGCAGUCCGUAGAUAGCGUAAUUAAAGCGAAAUCUGCACACUGACUGUGCAGUGUAUUGCGAUAAAAACGAAUUAUUUGGUGCUACUAUUUUACAUUGAUGUUAAUAAAAGGUCUCUAUUUUU